AGAAUAUGGGUCAUUCCAAAAAUGGCGGCGGUUUCUGGUAGUGUGAAGUGAAACUUUCCAAAUAUUGCUGAUAAAACAUAGCUAUUCUUUAAUCUAUUUUUAUGAUUGUCGUCGUGCAGAUAUUAAAGUAAUUAUUGUUGGACUACUGCUGUAUCUGACAUCAAGCAACACGGUCGAAUGAAGAUCGCGAACGGUGGGCUUUCCUCAAAGUUGACGCUGUCCUUGCAAAUCAAUGGACAAGCUUCAGGACCUCAGCCAAUCCGAGUUGGAGGAUUUGCUGGACAAUACAGAGCGGGUGGAGUCCAUGGCAUUGGAAUCUGAUGAGAUUCAGAACAUCCAGCUGGAGAGGGAGAUGGCACUGGCCUCCAACCGUAACCUGGCAGAACAGAACCUGGACAUGAAGCCUCGCCUGGAGAGACAGAGAGAACAUCUAGUGGAGAGAUACUCUGAACUGGAGGGAGUCAGAGAGACCUACAGACAACACUGUGACCAGAAAGAUGGCAUCAUGGGGCAGGUAUCACCAGAGGGGUUGUUCUCCAGACUCCAGACAGAGGGCGCCAGCACAGAGACUGAGUCAGAGAGUCUGGCAGAUGAGUUUCUGGAUGGCCAGCUGUCUCUGGACUCGUUCCUUGACCGCUUCCUCUCCCUCCGCUCCCUCGCUCACAAAAGACGAGUGCGGAUAGAGAAACUGCAGGAGAUCCUGCGCCAGAAGAAGGAGACCGCCGCCGUUGACGCCGGCUCCAUGACAUCACAAACAAGCGCCAAUCAGGACCCAGCGACAACACAGUCAUCGCCAUGGAAUCAUCAUCAUCAAGCUCCUCAGCAACAACAACCGCAGCAGAAUUCCAAUCCCAACAAUCACUCUAGCUUCCAAAACCCCUCUUCCCAAAAUGGCCCUGGCUCCGCCCUACCUUACACCCCUUACCCCGUCUCCCCUCCUAACCCGACAGCCACUUCCGCAGGACCAGGCCCGUCCAUUCCCCCAGGUCAAUUUCCUCCCUAUCCCAGCCCCGGCUCACCUUUCACCUCAGCGGCGAGCUACUCAGCCCGUCCCGCUUUCGGGCCUCCGGCCAAUGCCUGCCCGUACCCCACCCAGUCCACGUUCCCUGGCGUCCCCGGCUCAGGGUCUGCGUUCGGGCAGUACAGCGCCCCCUACCCUUCUGUGUACCCUUACGGCGGGAUUGAGGGGUAUAGCUACCCCACGGGCCCUGCUCUGCCCAACUCUCAGUCCCCCACAGGCAGGCCAUUAUACAGGCCCGGGUUUGGAGUGCCACAGCCCUACUCCUGAACCUCCCUCUGCUCUCACCUCGUCACUCCUCUCCCACCACACAUUCUCCAGUCUCUCCCUCAUUUUGCUCUCUCUCUUUCUCUCUCUCUUUCUCUUUCUCUUUCUCUCUUUCUCUGUCUCUUUCUUUCUCUCUCUCUCCCUUUCUCUUUCUUUCUCUCUCUCUUUCUUUCUCUCUCUUCUCCUCCCCUCCUGUCAUUCUCAAGUGCAUAACUGUCUCAGGACCUCCCCUUGUGUUCCAAUGUGUUGUUAGAAACACUCUCCCAUUGGCUGUCGGGCCCCUUCACUCUCCCCUCUCUCUCCUCCUAUUGGCUGUUGGCCCUUUCACUCUUCUCCCUCCCUUUGUGGAAUACUGAGCCAAUCAACGAUACCUUGGCCACGUACGUUUCAGAUAGAAAUGGAGCUGACGUGACUCCUUAUUCUACAUGUCAGAGAGUCAUGUUCUACAUAAAAUAUAUCUACACAUGUAUUCCUUAUCGCUGGUUUCACCCCGUAGCACAAGUCCCUUGUGGCACUGUACGGUAUACGCAUUGGAGUACAUUUGACUUGGUCUAACACCCAUAUCAUUCUACACCGAUGUCAGAUGACAUGUGUUGAUCAUAUUCGUUCGUACAUGAUGAUGUUAACUUAAUACCCACCCGAACCAAAACGUUUUACAGGUGCAGUUCUGUUCAGGGAUUCUCUUGUCCUGUAAACUGUCUUUGUCGCUCUUCGUUCUGGUUAGGAAGUACAUAAGACAUUACUAAAGAAGGAAAAUCCCAUUGAAAUCAUAGCAACUCUAGGACCUGUCCAUGUAAUCGUAUUCAUUCUGAUCUAAAAGGCUAAACUGAUCCUAUAUCAGUACUCCUACUCUGAGCGGCUUUAUGAAUGCGGGCCCUGGUCAGUGGUCAUUUUGGAGACUUCAAUAACCCUAUCUUCUUUCUUAUUCACCUGGCUCUGCAUGUAUGAUGUUUGUUUCUAUGCCAAAUCUGGACAUCUUUACAGGUGUAGGAUCUUAGUUUGACCAGUUUCUCACAGCAGGAAAAUAAUCCUGCAGCAAAAUGACAUGUGGAUUAUAAUGGAGGUUUUUGUAGGGUUUGAUAAAUUGUCAAGGCAAAUGAAGUCUGAAAUUAAUAAGACAAUUUUCCACCUUGAAUACACUAUAAGUUUGAAUUUUCUGCUGUGCAGGAAAUGUCCUGCAACAACAGGGCGAUCAAGUUAAGAUCCUACAUCUGCAUGUCCUACAAGUUUAGCUUCCAAGUCUUUUUUUUUUUCUUGACAGGAUGUUUUGGUUGGUUGGUUUAGGUGUUUUGAUGCCCAUUGACAAUGACGUCAUUGUUUACAGAAUCAUAUCUGUAUUCUCUGUCGAGAAUCAUGCCUGUUUCUCUUCUCUCUGAUCUCUCCGUUUUCUCACUUCACACUCUGUCUUUUCGUCUCUUCCCCUACGAGGCUCCCUUGGCGUGAAACUCACCUCUCGUCUUUCUCACCUCACUCUCUAUUUCACCCUCUCUCCAUAAUCUGCCAGUCGACGUGAACUGACGCUUGACAAUGAUUACAAUGAGGAAAUAGUUUAUUUCUGUAAGUUCACUUUCAAUGAGAAUAAUAUAAUGUGAUUUGUAUAAAUUAUUAAAGCGCUGUGAUCAAUAACAGGUGACAUGACAUUAAAACAAGGGAUUGAUAGAUUGCACCUCAAAUGGAACCCUAUUCCCUUAGGGCUCUGGUCAAAAGUAGUGCACUCCAUAGGGAAGUGGGUGCCAUUUUGGACUCGUCUGCCUGCUUUGGCUCAGAAAGCACAAGAGGAGAGAGCUGUUUACUGAGGGGUGGUUCUACAGAGAUUCAUACCGCCUUCACGACGACUCAUACAGCAUUCAUAGACUCGUCUUAAAGUCGUGAGCUCCACAACCUUAAUCGGUGGUCUUCAACAGAGCAUUACUACAUUGGUUGUCAUCAUGCCCCUAUGAAGGUGUUAUGAAGCUUCUGUUUAGUUAUGUAGGGCUUCUUCCUCAGGUUAACUGGUUGGACUGACUGGUGACGUCUACGACCAGGGGGCCGUGUCUUAAUGGGAUUGUCACACUACAACUGUCCCAAAUAGCACCCUACCCCUUACAAAAAUGCACUACUUUUGACCAGAGCCCCUGUGGGCAGAGAAUGGUGUUCCGUUUGGGAGACAAGCCUAACACUCUAUUUUUAAGGAAGAAAAGAUGAGUCAGAAAUGGGGUUUUAGAAGCCCAACGGAGAUACGCCGCAUAAAUAAGGGGAAUAUAAGAAUACAAGCUUGGAGCUUGUUUUAAGUUUCUUUCCUUUUUUUUGGUGUGAAUAUUAAUUAAAUACUGAACUUGAUCUAAGA